AUGGGGCUGGCUCGGCACAGCUGGCUCCCCCUGCUCUGGGCCAGCGGCUGCCUCCUGCUCCUGACGGUCUGGGCCGCCCAGCACUGCCGGCGCAGCACCUCUGGCAAAUGGCACCAGGGCGCUGCACCCCCCGGCUGCGUUGCAGGAAAGAAGACACAAGCAUGCGUCUGCGGGGCCGAGGUCCUCGAUGCCCGCGGCAGGUCCCUGGGCCGGUUCCUGUGCUACGACCUUGGCUGCGUGCAGUGCAGAGAGGCCACCCGGGAGAGGCGGCGGCAGCGACGUGCAGCAGAACGAAGCCCCUGGACCGCCCGACGGUGGAACUCUCCUUCCUCGCCUGGGUGCAGGUGCUGGCAGGGGCACAGCAUGCAGAGGAUAGUCCUUCCUCGGCACCGGAGACAGCCCCACAAGAGGGCAGAGGCCCUGGGGCCACUCAGUCCAGCCACAGCCCACCCCAGCCUCCACCUUGGUAGCCAGGCGGACAAGCUCACAGGUCCAGUGCCCUCGGUGCUGGAGGCAGAUGUCAGCCACCAAGCUGGCUCACCCACCACCCUGGACUCUCACACAACUGACAGGAGUGGUGGCCACCCACUCGAUGUUGCAGAUCCUCAUCCCAUCUUGAGGCUGGAGCUGGGAGAGGAUUUCAGGAGGAGACUGCAGGCGCACAUGCAGAGGAAGUACAGGCAGAUCCACCUGGGAACAUUCCCCGCCUUGGUGCGACGGUCCUACAAGUCAUCAGCCCACAGGACGGUGCCCCUCAUGUCACAGCACUCCAGCUCUGCCCCCAUCUACUCCUGGACGCCAGAGGCCUUGUUCCUGAUGGAGGAGACCCGGGAGCUCCACCCUGGGGCAAAGAAGCUAAGCCAUGACUGGGGCUUGCCUGGGAAGUCAACAGGCUCAGCUCCCGAAGAGCACAGGAAAACAAGCAAAUUACUCAUCCAGAUCAACUCCAGGCUCCACACCUCCACAUACUACUUCAUCAGCAGCCUUUCCUUCUUAGAUGUUAGCUACUUAGACCCAGUGCUCUGCAUGCUCUUUGGGUGUGGCUUCUACUUCAUGAAGUGUCUGAAUGCAACUAUUCAGAUAUUAUUUAUAUUCUACCUGUCCUUCUGCAAUUCCAACAUCAAUCAUUUCUGUGCUGUGCCCCCCAUCCCGAAGCUCUCCUCCUCUGACACAUACAUCACUGACCUGGUUCCUUUCACCUGUGCUACUGUGCUCAUCACCUCAACCAUCCUCCUCAUUCUCAUCUCCUACCUCUGCAUCGGAGACAGGCUCCUUCAAGUACCACCCCGUUCAAAAUUCUCCACGGAGCACAAGAUCAUCACUGUGUUUUAUGCUCUGGUGAUUCCCAUGCUGAAUCCUAUGAUUUACAGCCUGAGGAACGAGGAGGUCAAAUAAGCCCUGCAAAGGACAGUAGAUAUCCCCUAUUGGCAGUAG